UGAUGAACCCAGUCUCUGUCUAUCCUAACACGUACUUAAGGGCAUAAAACAUCAACUGACUCCAACUGUUAUCAAACCAUGGAUUUGGUCUCUAACCUCUUAUCUUUCUUCCUCUUCCUUUCUUUCACUGGCUUCGCCAUAGCACUCUGCGCCGAAUGGAAAAGAAAGAGGUCGCUGUCGUCUAGAGGCGCGAAACUACCGCCGGGUCCGUCGACGCUCCCUCUCAUUGGAAGCAUGCACCACCUAGCCGGAGCUUUCCCGCUCCGGCGCUUAAGAGACCUCGCCGAGAAACACGGCCCCCUCAUUCACGUCCAGCUCGGCGAGGUCUCGGCCGUCAUCGCCUCCUCCCCGGACAUGGCGAAGGCCAUCUUCAAGACCCAUGACCUGGCCUUCGCCUCCCGGCCCAAACUCAUGGUCCCGGAGAUCGUGGGGUACAACCGGUCCGACAUCGUCUUCUCCCCGUACGGGGAUUACUGGAGGCAGAUGAGGAAGAUCUGCAUCGUCGAGCUUCUCAGCUCUAAGAACGUGCAGAGCUUCGGGUCCAUCCGGCUUGACCAAGUGUCUCGCCUCCUCGACGCCGUCGCCUCCCACGGCGGCCGACCGGUGAAUCUGACGGAGCUCGUGUUUCGGUUCACGAGCUCCAUGACUUGCCGGUCGGCUUUCGGGAGCGUUUUUGAGGAGGGCGAUGAGUUCAUCACCCACAUAAGAGACGUUCUUGUUUUGCUCGGCGGGUUCGACGUGGCGGACAUAUUCCCCUCCCUUAAGCUCCUCCACGGGCUCAGCCCAAUACGGCGGAAGAUCCUCAAGAUCCACAAAAGGGUCGACGCCAUCCUUAAUGGCGUCAUCAACGGCCACCAGAAGAGUUUAGACGCCGGGAACAAGGGGAACGGCGAGUCGGGCGGCGAGGAUCUGAUCGACGUUUUACUCAGGAUGAAGCGUUCCGACGGGCUUCAGUUCCCGGUCACCGACGACAGCAUCAAGGGCGUCGUGUUCGACAUGUUCACCGCCGGGACGGAGACGUCGUCAAUGACGAUCAUCUGGGCGAUGGUCGAGAUGCUGAGAGCCCCGGCCGUGCUGGCCGAGGCUCAAGCAGAAGUGAGAAGAGCCUUCAUUAACAAGAAAGAGUUUGACCUUAAGGAUGUGGAAGAGCUGAAAUACAUGAAACUGGUGGUCAAAGAAACGCUCCGCCUCCACCCGCCGUCGCCGCUCUCAAUCCCGAGAGAAUGCAUAAAGGAGACGGAGAUAAACGGGUACACCAUCCCGGUCAAAACGUGGAUCAUGGUCAACGUUUUGUCCAUAAGCACUGACCCGGCUUACUGGGAGAAUGCGGAAAGCUUUGUUCCGGAGCGGUUCGAGAAUAGCAGCGUUGACUUUUUGGGGAAUAACUUUGAGUUCCUUCCUUUUGGGAGCGGGAGGAGGAUAUGCCCUGGCCUUUCCUUUGGCUUGGCAAAUGUGUAUCUCCCUUUGGCUAAAUUGCUCUUUCACUUUGACUGGAAGCUGCCGCGAGGACCGGAGUAUUGCCGGACCUUGGAUUUGGCCGAAUCGUCCGGUAUUACUGCCGGGAAGAAGGACGAUCUUUAUUUAGUAGCUACCCCUUACAAUCCACUCUCUUAAAUCAUAAUUAAAAGAGAUAAUUCUCUAAAUAGGACCAAAUAAUGUUAAAAGUUCAACAAUAGGACCUUAAUGUUAGGUUAUCUUCCGUAGGACUAAAAAGAGUUAGAUAGACAAAACUACCCUUAAUGAAACUAAAUAGGACCAAACAAUGCAAUUAAAAUAAUAGAAAUAAAAAUGACAGCAGGCCUAGACUCUACGAUACAUCCUCUGCUAUAGGAACACAGCCAUCACCAUCGCCACUGCUGCCGCCUCCGUAAGAUCCGCCGCCGCCGGCGAUGUCAGCGCCGCCUCCGGCUCCACUGACGUCAUCUCUGCCUCUGCCGGAGUCACCGCUGGAUGCCUCCACCGGCGUCGCCGCCCCCCUCCACUGGUGUCACUGAUGGCCGCCUCCACUGACGUCGCCGCCGGCCGCUUCACCACCGUCCGCCACCAGAUCUGAGAUCUGAUUUGUGAUUUGUUAAUAUUGUCAUACAAAUGACAUCUUGCAAUUGUAUUGCCAUCUUGAUGAUAUUAUUGCCAUCCUCAAAGAAAUAAGAUUGACAUUUUCAGUUUGAAAAAUGGCAUUAAUGCCUUUCAUAAGAGUAUUAUUGACAUCUUUGUAUCUUUAGUUUCAUAAAAAUAGCAUUCAUUUUCGAAGUGACAUUUUCACAUUUAGAGGACUAAUAUGAAAAAGUUAAGUGUCAUCUUGCAGUUGAAGUGUUAUCAUAUUGUCUUUAUUGCCAUCUUGACAGAAAUAAAU